AUGGAAGUGGAGAAGAUGGAUGAGAAUGAAUGGAAGUAUCACGGGGAAGGGAAUCAGAGCCUCGUCGUCUCCCACUGCCAGCGCUGUGUGGUGCUGCGGUUUUUGAAGUCCGCCCCAAACCAGAACAAGACUUCAGAGGAAAUACUACACCAUCUGCAGAACAUCGUAGACUUUGGAAAACAUGUCAUGAAGCAGUUCUUUGGGGAGAACUAUGUGCAUCACGGGGAAAUUAUUCAACUGCCUUUAGACUUUGUAAGACAGCUCUGUUUAAAAGUUCAGCCAGAGAGGCCAGAGUCUCGCUGUGACAAAGACAUGGACACUCUUAGUGGCUAUGCAAUGUGCCUUCCUAAUCUCACCAGGCUGCAGACCUAUCGUUUCGUGGAGCACCGGCCCAUCCUCUGCAUCGAGAUCAAGCCAAAGUGUGGCUUCAUUCCUUUUUCCAGCCAUGUUUCACAGGAGAUAAAGCACAAGGUGUGUCGUUACUGUAUGCAUCAGCACCUAAAGGUAGCGAACGGCAAAUGGAAGCGACCAAGUAAAUACUGCCCGCUGGAUCUCUUCUCAGGAAAUAAACAGAGAAUGCACUUUGCUUUGAAGAGCUUAUUACAGGAGCCACAGAACAACUUGAAAAUAUUUAAGAAUGGGGAACUAAUUUAUGGCUGUAAAGAUGACCAGGACAGUGUCUGUGACUGGAACGAACUUGCUCGUCACUUAAAACCCUUCUUCUUCCCUUCCAAUGGGUUGGUCAGUGGGCCCCACUGCACAAGGACAAUUGUCAAAGAGCUCAUCCAUGUUAUAACUAUGGCUCUACUAAGUAGUACUGAAGCCUGCAGGGCAGGUGAUAUGAAGACAGUUCCUAUUUCACAAGGAAGAAGCUACUGUGAAGCAAGUGCUUUUAAUAAGGAGCUAGUAAGAAAUGGUAAACAUAAAUUGGAAAGCUCUGGCUUACCGAGGGGUUGUCUCCUUUAUAAAACCCUUCAGGCUCAGAUGCUUGACAUGCUGGAUAUUGAAGGACUCUAUCCUUUGUACAGCAGAGUGGAACAGUACUUGGAGGAGUUUCCAGAAGAGAGAAGCACGCUGCAGAUCGAUGGCCCUUACAACGAGGCGUUCUAUGAGAAGCUGCUGGACCUGUCAGCUGAAGAUGACGGCACAGUAGCCUCUGCACUCACCAAGGUGCAGCAGUACCGAAUAGCAAUGACUGCUAAAGACUGCUCCAUCAUGAUUGCCCUUUCCCCCUGCCUACAAGAUGAAUGCUCUGAGCAAAGACCUGUGGUACUAACGUCCAAAUCAAGAUUCACCUUUUCUGUCUCUGUGCUGGACCUCGAUCUCAAACCAUAUGAAAGCAUUCCUCAUCAGUACAAACUUGACGGCAAGAUAGUAAACUAUUAUUUGAAGAAUGUACAGGCCAAAGAUGACCCAGUUAUGUCCAGUCUCUUCAAGGAGAAUGAAGACUGCACAUUAGUUCUCCAUAAAGUGUAA